UGAGGUGUUCCACUUUUAACCAAUCAAAUUCGAAGGUGUGCGCUUGUCUACCAAUCGUUUCGGUAUAUAGGUGGAGGUGUGCGCGUUUGUUUACACUAGUACAGGAUAAUUGAAGCAGAAACUGAUUCUAAUUCAUCCUCCUUAAUCCUGACGUCACCAGUUAAGGUCACCAAGCCAUUCAUGUACAUAGAUCGAAGAAGCCAUAAGUUAGUAAAACGAUAAAAGACCGGAGUGAACCGGCUUGGAUCUAUCGGUUAUUGGGAAUUACAUGUAUGCUAAACAUUCGCUCGCUGUUGCUGUCUGAUAUAUUUAGUGAUAGAAAAUCAGCGACUCACACGGCAUUAUUCGUCCUUCAAAAUAUAUUAGAGGAUAUCACUUGUGAAAGGCGGAAAUUUUCAUUUUAUUAAAUGGCAACACCAGUUAUCAUAGUACACGGAGGCGCUUGGACUAUUCCAGACAAUCUCGUUCAGCCGUCACGUGACGGUACGAAAUGUGCUGCACGAGCCGGUUAUGCCGUUUUAGACAGUGGAGGAUCGGCCUUGGACGCUGUACAAGCCGCAGUUCUCGAACUGGAGAAUGACCCAACAUUUGACGCUGGAACAGGGUCGGUAUUAACAGCAAAUGGUGACGUAGAAAUGGACGCCGUUAUAAUGGACGGAAAGACGUUGAAGUCUGGAGGCGUGGCCUGUGUUCAUAAUAUACAAAAUCCAAUUAACCUAGCAAGGGAGGUAAUGGAAAAGACAGACCACUGUUUACUUGUGGGACCAGGGGCAAAUUUAUUCGCUGAGGAAGUAGGGAUCAAAAAGGUACCAACAGAAUCUCUCGUGUCGGACGAAGCUUUACGAGAACUUGAGUGUUAUAAAGUAUACGGGAACACAGUUGACGAUCUCUUCAGACAACGAGGAACAGGGCACGACACUGUUGGGGCGGUUGCAAUCGACAGUCAAGGAAAUAUAGCGUUUGGAACUUCAACCGGCGGAAUCUCAUGCAAGAAGCCUGGUCGUGUAGGAGAUAGCCCUAUCAUUGGUGCCGGUGGUUAUGCAGACAAUGAGGUCGGCGCUGUAUCUUGUACAGGGCAUGGCGAGUCCAUCUUCAAAGUUGUUUUAGCAUACCAGAUUAUCACACAAAUGAAAAUGGGUGUAUCAGCUCAGGAAGCGGCAGACAAAGCUUUAGCCAACAUGGCUAAGAGGGUUCAUGGAUUUGGAGGAGUUAUCGUUCUUGGAAGUAAUGGCGAUCACAUCACGUCCUUCACGACAGAGAGGAUGGCGUGGGCAUGGGCAAAGGAGGGUGUUCUCCAUCACGGGGUUAACCCUGGGGAAGAUUUAACAGAACCAGUAAUUAACGAAAAUAAUUAAAAAUUGUGUAUGAACGUUUUUGUGUAGAUCUGACGAACAAUUUUGUUAUUUUGCAUUUUCGUACUCACAGCUGUUUAGUACUACUAAUGUAAUACAAUGUUCUUGGGGGUCUAAUUCUGACAACUGUCCAUAGACGUUGCUAGCGGACUGUCUGAUGCAGUCUAAAGACUAUCGGUUUCCUUCGUUCGCAAUAUUAAGUCAGACAAAGAGCAUGCAUUUUUGUUUGCAGUGCUACGGUGCUGCAACUUUUAAAAGGGGUCCUAUUUGACUUUUUUUUAUUAAAAUGUAAAACGAAAUAUCCGGUGAGUUUAGUAACAUAUUUAAUAAAGUAUCUCAUUUUUUAACAAUAUUUAAAGGAAAGGCUAAGCAAUGAGUAGUUUUUUGUUCCCCGUAUACAAAUAUCAUAUUCCACUGGAGGUACGGCCGUCACGUAUACGGCCUGAAUGUGAAUACAUAUCCCUUAACGUGUAGUAUUACCAUUGAGAUACGUUUUUGUCCUUUCCAGCAUAAUAAAUGCAUACACUUAGUUACUGUACGAGUUGUACAUAUCGUUGAUGAAUAAAGUUUGUUUUGAAAAUUA